GUGAGUAACUAGUGUUGUUAAAAUGUUGCUACAGUAAUCAAUCGCUGCAACACUAGUUCCUCACGUGAUCCUCUUGUUUUAUACCUUGUAUCACGCGCGAGGUUUACUGUACAACUCAGAAAAUAUUCUAGAAUAGGUCAGACGAACGCGAAGAAUUUGGGAAUGGUGAUCCUUUGGUUUCCAUGGAGAAGUUCCAUGUGAGAAGAGUGGAUCGGAGUGCACACCUUGAAAGUAUCUGAUUAAGUUCUCGUUUCUCAAUUCAUCACGCCGGUGUAACCGUUGUAUAAAGUUUAGGCCUUUAUGUAUCCUUCGAUAUAAAGCAGUUGACACAAUGUAUCAACUAUCAAUAAUUUGAUGGUGUAUCGAGUUAGCCCAAGCAUCGGUAGAGAAUGAACCACAGCAGAAACGUUGAUACGGCGGUAUGGAGCCAGGAUGCUCUGAUGUCUACCAACGUGAGCCUUACAAAUGACAUCAAGCGAAAGAAAAAGAGAAAGCACAAAACAAAAGAUAAAAAGAAGAGUGGUUCGACGAGAAGAGGACCGAGCUCGCCUUCAAACUCAGAUGAUGCAGCAGCAGAUAAACUCACCAACACUGAGCAGCAACAGGUCGUCAAAGGCUCCUCCACACGUUCCAAACCCACCCUGAAGAGCUCCAACAGCAAAAAGACCAAGGCCAGAAGUCUGACCAGCCUCCGCAACAAUAAAUCCCAGCGAGAGGCAAUGAAACACGAGGAAACGUUGACAGGGCCAGACGCUGGUACCCACCAAGCCCCACUGUCAUGGGACCAGGCUGGCCAGAACGACCCAGCCAGGGAGAGCCUGAGGUGGGAUGGAGUUUUGGAGGAUCCGGUGGCCGAGGCAGAGAGGAUAGAGGUGUACAAGGCCAACCGGAGAAAACGGUACCUGGCCUCACAGCAGGGGGUGAUGGACUACUUGGGCUUGUUCAAGGGGCACUUGGAGAGCAGUAGUGCCAUUACACACAGUAUCUAGGUGGGGCUGUUUUCACAUGAAUAAAUCUAUAGGUUGUAUGGGCAGUACCUUCUCUAUCCUGCAGAUGGCAUAGCAGUCUCAAUCUGAGAUGGUGGAACAUUGUAAUUGCAUCUUUACUCAACUAGUGGCAAUUACAAAAAAGGUAUAUCCCUAAUUGAUAACCAAAAGAUAAAAUCCUGGUAAGACUA